AUGGCUGCUUUACCGAUCUGCCUACUAUUACUAACACUGAUACAAAGUUCCAUCCAGUUAGAUUGUAAUAACUGUUCUUCACAAACAAUACCAACUGCUUCACACGUGAGAAAGUUGAUGAGUGCUUUAUUUUUAAAAUCUUACGACAAAAAUGUGAUUCCUAUGCUUUGGAAUAAUGAAACAUUGUAUGUGGACUUGCAGUUCAGCUUGAUACAACUUCCGGAGUUUGACGAAGUGGCGGGAACAUUAUUAUUGAUUAUGAAAAUGAAAGUAAGAUGGUUGGACGAGUAUAUAGUUCUUAAUUAUCUUCCUAAAACUCAUCUUCUGAUGGAGAUUGAUCUUCAGUCAGAUGAUAUAUGGCUACCACCGGUCACCGUGUUUAAUUCAGUGUCCAGUCUAACACCACUCAUAAAAGGUGGGUAUGAUGCAACGUUGACUCUAACUAAUGGUCAAGUAGACUUAAAUAUUGGUAUUGUUACCAAAACUGGCUGCACGGUAGAUACCACUGACUUUCCGUUUGACGAACAGACGUGCGAAAUAAUGUUCACACCGUGGGGAUAUCAGAGUCACGAGGUCGAGUUCCUACCGACGACAACAUAUGCUCGUACAGAUCAAUUCGUUGAAAAUCAGGAAUGGGAGCUGUUGUCGUCGACAAUAAACACAACAAGUCUAUCAAAUCGAUCCAUCCUCUCACUAUCUAUUACUGUGAAAAGACGACCCAUUUAUUUCAUGAUAAACAUGAUCAUUCCGGUUGUACUUCUGGGUGUGCUUAACUCUUUAUCAUUUGUACUUCCACCGACAGCAGGAGAAAGAAUGGGAUUUGCAACGAAUAUAUUUCUUACAUUUGCCGUUUAUUUGACAAUCGUAUCGCAAAGUCUCCCCGAAACAUCCAAACCUAUGUCUAAUAUGGUAUAUUAUCUUGUGAUAAUGCUAUCCAUCAGCAGUUUAACAACUUUCGUGACAAUUUUGUCGCUAAGAAUUUAUGCAAAGGAAGAGGACAAUACCCCAGUGCCAUGGAUUUUAGUUUACAUAUUUGGGUUUUUGACAUGUCGCUUGUGUCGGAAAUCAAAGUUCAUGCCUCCUAAACGCAGAAAACGUUCUGAAAGUAAACAGACAUUGACCAAAGAAAUGACGGGGAACGAUAUUACGGAGGUCAAACGCGAUUUGUCCAGUGGCGCUUCUGUCGUGACCGAUGAUGAGUCGAUGGUGCAACCAAUGGAAUAUGUCGAUGAAGUAUCCGACGACGAUGAAGAGGAAGAGGAAUGUCGAUACGGGAUAACAUGGACCGUUGUCGGGAGAACUGUUGAUAAAACAUUGUUCCUUAUUUUCAUGUCUGGAACACUUAUAAUCUCAGGCUAUUACAUUUUACCCCUCUUAUUGGGAACAACCGGUGUUACAACAGAAUAA